AUGAUGGCAAGCCUAUCAGCCAAAGACAUGGGAAAGGAUCAAGUGCUGGAUGGCUGGUGCCGCAAGAUCCCCAAAUCUGGGGGUGGGCCUCCUCUGAGCCGCAAACGAGUCACAGAAUUUUAUCAGACAUGCCAUCAACUCAUCCAGCUUCAAGAAGCACCAAUUACCCAUGAGGUCAUCACUAAACUUGCCUCUGAAGGAGGCCUUACCCGCGUUGCAGAGCUUGUCAAGCUCGCUGAGCUAUCAUCAACGCCUAGGGAGACGAACGACAUCUUACUGACCAUCCUGAUACCGUUCCUUGAGGCCAUUACCCACAAAGAUGUCUUAUACUCCAUGAUGCUCGAGCAGAUGGUGGCCAAUAUAUAUGUCUUCUUGUAUGGAAUAGGCGGCCGUCGAGCCACAGCGCUCUUCGGCUUUAUAGCAGAGGCCCUCCAAGCCGAGCUAAACACGGGCCCUACGAAUGCACUUUACUCGCGCACUCUCACCGUCCUUGCCGCACUUCUCCGAGUCCUGGAGUGCAAUCAUACUGCGUCUCCCUUAGAAGACCUCCGCUUCGUCGUUGACACCCUUCAAGCCUGCCUCGACGCACUAUCGAACACUUUCCAGGGCACUUUGAUGGAACAGGCCGCUUCACACCAAAUGACGAAGGUGCGGCGUCAUCUGGACUAUGGAGUGAGCUUGGUACCCUUCCAGCAAACCAACCCACCCGUUCCAAACCUUGCAGCCGCCUUCGAGAUUGCGCUAGAUGGCCCUGGUGCCCUGUCUUUAGCGGGGCCUAGGCAUGACAACGACCAUAGCAUGAUUGAAGAUGUCAGAAUACUACCAACUCCUCAGGAGAUUUACUCACUUCGUACGGAAUAUCUCCCAACAAAGGACCCCAGCAGGUGGCAUCUUCCCGGCAUCAAAGGGCUGCUGGACCAGCAAUUUCGUCUGUUGCGCGAGGACACUGUGGGUCAGCUCAGAGACUGCGUUCGAACGGUAAUGGAGAGCCUGAAGCCUCUCAAGACCAGAGAUUUGACGGAUACUGACGAUGAGAUCGGCCUUCGCAUUCACAAAUACUCCAAAGUUGUCCUUUCCACUGUCGACUACCACAAUAGAGCACAGCUUCGGGUUAUGGCCCAGUUUCAACAGCCAGAGCAUAUGAGCAGACGAACUGCCGCAGACCGUAGGCUAUGGUGGGACAGAUGCAAGCAACUACAAAUUGAUGCUCUCGUGUGUCUUGUGGAUUCUGAAGGCCAUUGCCUUUUCUUCUCCGUUUACGAUCGAAAGGGUUUCGGCCAAGCUGGGCAGCUAAUCACCACAGAAGCCCGUGGCAUUGAAGGCAAAUCGCGUGAAGAUGAGACGAAAGUACCAAAUCUCUGGCAUAGUCCCCGGCGUGGAACGGUCACGCUUCGCUUAAUUGAUAUGGGCAACCAAGACUUCAAGCAAAUGUUGGGCAGAGAUGUUCAGUCGUCGAACGUGGAACAAGUGAUCGUCGAAUUUCCAGGAGUGCUUCUUCCAUCAUUUCAGCCCACGCUCGAGGCCUUACAGCGCAUGAGCAGAGAUGUCGAAAUUCCAUUUUCCGACAUGCUUCUUCCCAAUCAAGAACAAAGCCCAACUCAGACAUCUUGGCCCACCUACGCUACUCAACCUGGUUUUUCUUUCGAUUUAAGUCCGAUAGUCGCUGCAGGAAAGCCUUUAUACUUGCAACAGAACGAUAAAUUCGACUUCGACAGCCUGAAAGAACGAUCUACACUGGACGAUGCUCAAUGCAAGGCAUUGGUGGGGGCACUUUCCAGGAACCUUGCCCUCGUACAAGGCCCACCAGGGACCGGAAAAUCGUACAUCGCUGUACAGGCCGUCAAAGUACUGUUGGAAUGCCGCGAAGAAGCGGAGAUAAACCCUAUUAUUUGCGUAUGCUACACCAAUCACGCGUUGGACCAAUUUCUCGAGCAUCUCGUAGAGGGCGGCACUAAGCAAAUUGUUCGUAUAGGCUCCAGAUCCAAUUCUACAAUACUCAAGCCUUUCACUCUACGUGAGAUCACCACUAAGAUGGAGAGAACGAAGACUGAAAAUCUCGAAGUCAAGCGUUCCCGGGGAAAAUUAGAGAAAGAGGGUAGGCACAUUGUGGACUUGUUCCACAAGCUGAAGCAUGUGUGCACGUUGGGGGGGGUAUUGCAGUACCUGGAGGUGGAGAAUGCUGACCACUACGACCAACUCAAGGGUACCGAGGAUCCAGACGGAUUUCACAUUGUUGGACAUCAACGUGGUGACCGACUUAAGCAGUGGCUUGAAUCUCCAGCUGCUCCUUCGUACGCGGGGCAGCAGCUUCGUUCUCUAGAAGAGCUCGAGGACAUCAGUAUAACGGAUAUGAGCAACAAUGAGCGCAAAUCUAUCUACGAGCAUUGGGUUUCGGAUUCUCGGCAAGAUCUCACGGAGCAGCUUGACGACAAAAUUGGUAGAUAUGUCAAGAUCGACAAGAACUUACAGAAGUGUAUUCAAGAAGUGGAUUUGAGAUGCUUGAAACAAUCCCACGUGAUUGGGGUCACAACUUCCGGGCUGGCCCGUAAUGUUGACCUGCUUCGACGACUGAAACCCAAAAUUCUGAUCUGCGAAGAGGCAGGAGAGAUACUCGAGGCUCAUACUCUUACCGCGUUCCUCCCUUCGAUUGAGCAUGCGAUCCUGAUUGGAGACCAUGAGCAACUUCGUCCAGGUGUGCAGAAUUACGACUUGUCACUCGAAAAUCCGCGCGGUGAGAAGUACUCGCUAGAUAUGUCCACCUUCGAGCGCCUGAUUACGAAUCCUGACUUGGAGGUCCCUUAUGAUACCCUCCAGACCCAACGGCGUAUGGACCCGUCGAUCAGCGACCUGAUUCGGAAAACUCUAUACCCGUCGUUGAAAGACCACGACUCAGUCCUAGCAUAUCCUCCUGUGACAGGAAUUCGAAAACGCCUCUACUGGCUUGAUCAUCGAGAGCCCGAGACUAGAGAAGACCCCACCCAAGUGCUGCAAAACUCACAAUCAAACAUGUACGAAGUGGAUCUAGUCCAAGCAUUAGCAACACAUUUUGUCCGUCAAGGUGUCUACAAGAGCAACGAGAUUGUGAUUCUUACUCCCUAUGUGCGCCAGCUACUCGAGCUUCGGGACAUGCUGUCAAAUACCUUCGAGAUUGUCAUCGGAGAUAAAGACCAAGAUGAAAUUGCCAAAGAAGGCCUUGAUGCAUCCGACACGAGGCCUAUUGUCAGGCAUAAAGCCAUGCUAAAGCAGAUGAUGCGGAUCUCGACGGUCGACAAUUUCCAAGGAGAGGAGUCCAAGAUUGUCAUCGUAUCGCUCGUCCGAAGCAAUCGAGAGAAGCGAUGUGGAUUUCUGCGAACCAGUAAUCGAAUCAAUGUCUUGUUGAGCCGUGCCAAAUACGGAAUGUACAUCAUUGGAAACUCGGAGACUUAUACCCAAAUCCCAAUGUGGUCAAAAGUGAUCAAGCUACUAAAGGGUGCCGGCAACAUGGGUCCCAGCCUUCCACUUUGCUGUCCCCAGCAUCCAGAUACAUCUAUUAGUGUCUCAACGCCGGAUGAUUUCCUACGCAAAGCGCCGGAGGGAGGCUGUGCCGUCCAGUGCGGUCUCCAGCUCGACUGUGGCCACCUCUGCACAUAUAAAUGUCAUUCCGAAACCCGACAUCAAUCUGUCAUCUGCCGCGAGCCUUGUGAGCGCCUUCAUGGUGACUGCGGUCACCUUUGCACCAGAGCAUGUGGUGUCGAUUGCGACGAUUGCCUUGCACUCGUUGAGGAUGUACAAUUGAACUGCGGUCAUACUGCAAGUGAAGUGCCCUGUCAUCAUAUGUCGGACCUUUCCUCAGUUGAAUGCCAAUUCUAUAUCGAAAAGGUUUUGCCUAGCUGUGGGCACAAGAACUUCGUCAGGUGUGGUCAGAAAAUUUCGAAUACACCUACUAAAUGCGAAACGCAGUGUGGCGUGGAUCUUGCUUGUGGGCACCAAUGCUGCAAGCCAUGCGGCGUUUGUCAUUUGAAGGGCACUGGUCUUGGUAUUCAUGGCAGCUGCAAUGCCCCGUGCGGGCGAGUCAGAUUAACCUGCGUUCACCUUUGUGAAGCCAGUUGUCAUGGAGACUCGCCGUGUCCACCAUGCAAUUUGCCCUGCUCUAUAAGCUGCUCGCAUUCGACAUGUACGAAGCGGUGCUGCGAGCCAUGCGCGCCAUGCGCUCAAUCUUGCACCGCAGGAUGCUACCACCAAGGGUACUGCCAAAUGCCAUGCGCCGUACCUUGCGACAUCUUGCCUUGUUCUCUUCGCUGUGAGGAGGAUUUAGCUUGCGGACAUCAAUGCCCUUCGGUAUGCGGAGAGUCAUGCCCCAGUACCGAAUUUUGCCAGCAGUGUGCAUCUACCACCGUCAAGCAAACACAUGUCGACUUUGGAAGCUUAGGAACUCUGACAUAUCAAGGGAUCGACUUGGACGCGACACCCGUCAUUGUGCCGGCUUGUGGCCAUUUCAUCCUAAUGACUACGAUGGAUCAACGCAUGGGUGUUUCUGAUCAUUAUGAGGUGUCUAGUAGCGGAGUGCCGGUCGCUUUUCGCUCGGAGUCUCUACCUCUAGCGGUCAUCGAAUCGAAAAGCUGUCCUCCAUGCCAAGGCCCACUGCGCGAUCUCAACCGCUACAAUCGUCUCGUUAAACGGCCCAAACUCGAUGAAAGCACCAAGAAGUUUAUUGUUCAUUCAAACAAGGUUUUAGUCCCCUUGGCUACCAGACUUCAACAAGAGGAGACUCGCCUCGCCAAGACCAAAUCGACGAUGAGCGCCGGUACGACAGUUGUUCAAUCCAAAUGUACCUCUAUCGUGCCAACGCUCGUACGGCUUGGCGGUCCCAGAGGUGUGUUGUUCCACAACAUCAGCGAGCUAUCCGGUCUCGGCUCUCGAUGCGGGCCUCUGCUUGCAUUGCACCAUGAGAUACUCACGUUCUUGGGGCGAGUCAGAGAAGAUGAGCAGCCCUUCGCAGAGAUCCAAUGGACGGUAGCUCAACGACCCCGUGCGAUGCAUAGAGCUACAGUACUUCAGACAACAAGCAGCCUGCUUAUAAAGGGUCUUCUACUACGUUGCGAAUACGAUAUCCUAACCGAGAUCAUCAAGAUUCAUAGGGAACAAACCCCUAGGAUGGCGACACAGCAUCAUUGGCUCACGUUAAAGCUGUGUCUUGACCUGGACUUCAACCGUCGGGAUUGUCGCGAUUUGAUCAACGAAGCAAUUGAGAAAAGCCAUCCCAUCAUAGACAUCGAGGCUCGUCUGCUCUUUGCUAAGUUCGUCGCUUUGGAGAGAAUAGCGUCAAUUGAUCCGGACAGAAUCGAGGGUCUACUCCCUCAAGCUCGUCGACAGAUGGAGAUAGCCAAGCAUAUAGCGAAAAAUUCGCCCAUCCUCGAACAACCAGAUUCACCGGAUCUGGAAGUAGAGAACCAAAGACUGGAAAUGGAACUACAGAAAUACAGCAUGCGGGAGGGUGAAACAAAUAUGAGAUGUAAAGUACUAGAUUGCACCAAGCUUUUCGCCGGAGCGGUCUUCUGGCGGAAGCAUGUUGAGAAGUGUCACCCCCAGUGGUACGAAAAAAUGAAAGCGAGCGUAAGCUCCAGUGCUUCCAGCUUACUUGCGGAGGUUGAAGAGGUGGAGAAGAUGUUGCAGGAGGUUACGGUUUCUAUGAUUGUGACUAGUGCAGAGAAACAGGCGAUGUAUCUCGUAAUGGCUCAGGACUACGAAGGUGCGGGAAGAUGGUAUCAUUGCUCCAAUAUGCAUGCCGUGAGGAUAAUCUUCCAAGUCGCAACGCGCAAGCUAACAGUCACUCAGUUCACGAUAGAAAAUCGCGAGGCGCGCGUGGGCACAUUGAAGUGCCCGCAAUGUGGGGAACUUGUAGCUGGGCCGUCUCAGGAAGUGGUCGAGGAAGUGCCGAACGCUGUCGAUGUUUGA